AUGAGAAGUGAUUCCAAUUACACAAUUUGCCGUGGAGCAAUAAAAAAAACUUACGCCUGGCCCAUGAAGCUCCAAUCAACCGUUGAAACAGAUGGCGAUGGUCUUGAGUUCCAUUGCUCAAAUCAUCAUCAUACGAAGCUUUCAAGUCUUUUUAUAAAAAUAUUAACUUUUUCGAUGUAUGCAAUGCCAAAGCUCUUGUUGAAUUUUGGUAUUUGUUCUCAGCUGGUAAUAUUUAUUGCUAGCUUUAUUUCUGUAAUUAAAGUGAUCAAAUGUUUGACCAAAUAUACUUACAAAUUAUUAGUUGAUAGUUUAAGAUACUCCCAUAUUAUUUUAUUUGGAUUUUUUCUUAUCUACAUGGUGCGAUGUGAAAAAGAGAAUCUUAAUACCGCAUAUAGCGACAACGGUAUGUUUGAUGUAAUCUACGAAGAAAAUGUUAAUCGAAUACUCAAAACUGAUUAUCCUAAUCAAGAAUCCAUAGUCGAAUGUAUGAUAACAGAACUAAAAAAACAGCAAGCUAUUAAACAUGCUUACGCAGAUGAUUUACUAAAUAAAAUAGAACCAUAUGUAGUUGAUGCUGAAAAGGUCUGCAAACAGAAAAACUUUGGAUUAAUUUUCCAUUCUUCAAUUUCAUUAAUCAUUCUAUGCGCAAUUGCUGCAUUUAUCAGAUCUUAA